GCCUGGGGUUCUGUGUACAUGUGUGAGGUGUGUACCAGCUAAGUGCAGACAUGCAUGUAUCUGUUGGUGUUAUAUCAGCUUUAUGACUGCACAGGGGGAAUGUGUGAAGUGGCAUGAGCAUGUUUAGGUGUUUAAGAAUGUGUACCUGUGUAUCUUUCAUUGUGCAGGUACCGGCCCAGGCCCUGACUCCCUGAAGAGAGAUGAGGAAACCGAGAUUCAGAGAGGUUCAGACACUUGCUGGAGGUCACACAGCUAGUCUCACAUCCCCCUCUUCCUGCCUCUCCCCUGCACCAUGGCUCUGGGCCCCUUCUCCUCCGGGUUCCUGUCACCACCACCUGCUGCUUUGCCCUUUCUGUUGCUGCUCUGGGCGGGGGCAUCUCGUGGCCAACCCUGUCCCGGUCGCUGCAUCUGUCAGAACGUGGCACCAACACUAACUAUGUUGUGUGCCAAGACCGGCCUGCUCUUUGUGCCUCCUGCAAUCGACCGGCGGGUUGUAGAGCUGCGUCUCACAGACAAUUUCAUUGCUGCUGUGCGCCGCAGAGACUUUGCCAACAUGACCAGCCUGGUGCAUCUCACCCUGUCCCGCAACACCAUCGGCCAGGUGGCGCCGGGAGCCUUUGCUGACCUCCGUGCGCUCAGGGCCUUGCACCUCGACAGCAACCGGCUGGCAGAGGUGCGCGGGGACCAGCUUCGUGGCUUGGGGAACCUCCGCCACCUGAUCCUCGCCAACAAUCAGAUCCGCAAGGUGGAGUCUGCAGCCUUUGAUGCAUUCUUAUCCACCGUAGAAGACCUGGAUCUGUCCUAUAACAACCUGGAGGCUCUGCCGUGGGAGGCGGUAGGUCAGAUGGUGAACUUGAAUACCCUCACACUGGACCACAACCUCAUUGAUCAUAUCGCGGAGGGCACCUUUGUGCAACUGCACAAACUUGUGCGUCUGGACAUGACCUCCAACCGUCUGCAUAAACUCCCGCCGGACGGGCUCUUCUUGAGAUCCCAGGGCGGUGGACCCAAGCCACCCACACCUCUGACGGUCAGCUUCGGUGGCAACCCCCUGCACUGCAACUGUGAACUCCUCUGGCUUCGGCGCCUGACCAGGGAGGAUGAUCUGGAGACGUGCGCCACUCCGGAGCAUCUCACUGACCGCUACUUUUGGUCCAUCCCAGAGGAGGAGUUUCUUUGUGAGCCCCCGCUGAUCACACGGCAGGCAGGAGGCAAGGCACUGGUGGUGGAAGGCCAGGCGGUCAGUCUGCGCUGCCGGGCAGUGGGAGAUCCUGAGCCCGUGGUGCACUGGGUGGCACCUGAUGGGCGGCUGCUGGGGAACUCCAGCCGGACCCGAGUCCGUGGGGACGGGACGCUGGAUGUAACUAUCACCACUUUGAGGGAUAGUGGCACCUUCACUUGCAUCGCCUCCAAUGCAGCAGGGGAAGCCACUGCACCCGUGGAGGUAUGUGUGGUACCUCUGCCACUGAUGGCGCCACCCCCUGCUGCUCCUCCACCUCUUACUGAGCCGGGCUCAUCUGACAUUGCUACACCUGGCCGACCAGGUACCAAUGACUCAGCUGCCGAGCGCAGGUUGGUGGCAGCAGAGCUCACAUCCAGUUCUGUGCUCAUCCGCUGGCCAGCCCAGAGGCCGGUGCCUGGCAUCCGCAUGUACCAAGUCCAGUACAACAGCUCUGCUGAUGACUCUCUGGUCUACAGGAUGAUCCCUUCCACCAGCCAGACCUUCCUGGUGAAUGAUCUGGCUGCGGGCCGCGCCUACGACCUGUGUGUGCUGGCAGUCUACGACGACGGGGCCACCGCGCUGCCGGCCACCAGAGUGGUGGGCUGCGUGCAGUUCACGACGGCUGGGGACCCUGCACCUUGCCGCCCUCUGAGGGCCCAUUUCUUGGGCGGCACCAUGAUCAUCGCCAUCGGGGGCGUCAUUGUCGCCUCGGUCCUCGUCUUCAUCGUUCUGCUCAUGAUUCGCUACAAGGUGUAUGGCGAUGGGGACAGCCGCCGCGUCAAGGGCACCUCCAGGUCGCCCCCUCGGGUCAGCCACGUGUGCUCGCAGACCAAUGGCGCAGGCGCGCAGCAGGCGUCGGCCCCACCGGCGCCGGACUGCUACGAGGCGCUGCGCGAGGUGGCUGUCCCCGCCGCUGUCGCCGUGGAGGCGAAGGCCACCGCAGCCGAGGCAACCUCCGCCGUACAAGAGGUGGCUCUGGGACGCUCUCUGGGCGGCUCGGCCACCUCGCUGUGUCUGCUGCCUUCCGAGGAAACUUGUGGGGAGGAGCCUCGGUCUGGGACGGGUCCUCGGAGGAGCCGUUCAGGGGCCUUGGGGCCACCAGCUUCAGCGCCCCCAACUCUAGCUCUGGUUCCUGGGGGAGCCCCGGCUCGGCCGAGGCCACAGCAACGCUAUUCCUUCGACGGGGACUACGGGGCACUGUUCCAGAGUCACAGUUACCCGCGCCGCGCCCGGCGGACAAAGCGCCACCGCUCCACGCCGCACCUGGACGGGGCCGGAGUGGGCGCGGCCGGGGAGGAUGGAGACCUGGGGCUGAGCUCCGCCAGGGCGCGCCUGGCCUUCACCAGUACCGAGUGGAUGCUGGAGAGUACCGUGUGAGCCGGCAGGCGCGCACCGGGACGCCUGGAGGCCGUGGACCACCGCCCAGCGAGGGCGGGGCGUGGGGAAAGAAGGAUGCUUCGCACGGCUGGAGAGAACAGAGCCGCGAGGGGCGGAGCUAGCCGCGGCUCGAGGCCACGCCCC